CAUGCCCUUGUGCCCACUCUGCUCGUCAUAUUCCAUCUUUAUUAAUUCAUCAUUCCAACACGUAAAGGCAUUGCAUGUCUGUUCUCUACGGAGCAUGAAUAUUAACUUGAUGGGAUGGAAGGGGUAGGCUGACUAAACCUCUCCAGCAUCCUCCCUCUCUCCCUCCUUCUCUCUCUCUCUCUCCUCAAAAUUCCACGCCCUAUCGGAUAUACAGACACCAGCAGACGCAGUCUGGGUAAUCUCAGCAGACACGCCGUCCUCCUCUCUUUCUACCAGCCAGUGGAUACAGACACUUUGUUCCCUGCGGUCAAUGCUCUUGAAGUCACAUCUGUCAUCUCUACUGACAGCAAACAUGUCUGACAAGCCAGACCUCACGGAAAUCGCCAGGUUUGACAAAACCAAGCUGAAGAAGACUGAGACAAAAGAGAAGAACCCUUUACCCACCAAAGAGACUAUCGAGCAGGAGAGGAAAGGAGACGCCACCCCAUGACCCAAGAGACAACGAGAAGACAAGCACAAAACAUGUUCUUCUGACAUGGCAGAUAUUACAAUUCAUAUUUCUGUUUAAAGGGUGCUAUUGCCCCAUGUGAUCCAUGGUUACCAUGGCAAUUGGAGUCACUGGGGCCUAUAAAUGGGAGUGUGAUGAAGGGGGGUGACCUGAGACAGGGUUUAAAAUAGUUAUUUUACCAAAUUCUGUUUAGUGCU